CUCCUAGUAGCGAUGCCCUUUGCUCCUAGUAGCUUCUUUGCUACUUAGUAGCAAAGGACGUGCCAAGAGUUGUCGACCUUGGCUCGAGCGCGCUGCCGCCAUGGAGCGCACCCCACUCCUGCGAGCGCGCUGAACGGCGCAAGAAAUCACGACCUUGCUCUGACAAGGCUAUGAGUGAAAGCACUUCCUAUGGCACCUGCAAAAGCAAAGCAAAGGACCAGGUACCUGCAUGUCAGGCUAAAUUGAUGGUGCAUGGACCCAUUUUCGUGGAGAACCCUGACGGCUCCAUCACGGAGGCUGUGCCAUCGGAUGCCAAGCAAUCCCGGCCGAAAUCGGACCGCUCCCGACGAGAGAAUGGCGAUGCAGAUAGCGACAGCAGUGGCACAGGCUCCAAUGGAGGCAUCAGCAUGACACAGGAGGUGGAAUUCCUCUACUCACGUCAUGAGCGAGUCUUCAUGCUACUUCUCUUCAUACAAUUCCUCCUCGAGUCCCUUUACAUUGCCGUCUUCAUCGUCCGCAUGCGACCGUCCAUGUUUGAGUUAGAAGCCAUGUACAACUGGGAGAUCUCCUCCAAAAGUGCCGAGGUGAUCCUUUGGACCACGCUUCUCAUUCAGAUCGUCUUCGGAAUGGUCUACUACACCAUGGCUACGCUGGCCAUUUGCACCAAGAGGCCCAAGCACUUUCAGAUGUUCGCCAAGACAUGCCUUUGCGGAGUGGUGGGUCUUGUUCUUCUUGCCUACGCGGACAAGUUCAAUCUGCCCAUUUUCUUCCUGCGGCUGCUGGCCUACAUCUAUGCCAGGUUCUUGCAAGGCCUCACUGCCUCCAUCUUGCUGUUGCCCCCCACACGGGAUCGCAACUGAGAAACUGAAGCCGCCGCCCAGCUUGAUGGAGAGCGGUUGUGGAGUAGAUUCGUUGGACAAAAAAGGCCCGUCACAACCCGAAGUCUGAAAGCAAGCCACUACGCAAAAGGAAGAAUGUCGCCGACCCCAGCAUAUCUGAAGCUGUUUGGGUCCCAGACGUGCU